GAGCGCUGCAGGCGAGGAGGUGGCUCCACCUCCUUCACCUCCUCCGCCUCUUCCUCCUCCAGACGAGAUGGAGUGCAAGAUCUGCUACCAGCGCUACAACCUGCAGAACCGCCGGCCCAAAGUCCUGGUCUGCCUUCACCGGGUGUGCGCCCGCUGCCUCGGCCGCAUCCUGGACGCGGCCGAGGGCGGAUCCCUCGCCAUCUCCUGCCCCUUCUGCCGCCACGAGACCGGCGUGAGCGGCCGCCGGCUGCUGUCCGAGCUGCCGGACGACACCGACGUCGUGUGCCGCCUGUCGACGCGCGACAAGUCCUGGAGCUCCGACCUCAGCGGCGGCGAGCUGCUGCUGACCCCCGGCAGCCUCGCCGCCUCCCCGUCCUCCUCCGCCUCCAGCCCCUCGCGCCGGUCCUCCCACUGCCUGGUCAUCACCGUCGUGGAGGUGCCCGGAGAGCCUCCCUCGGGGCGGGAGGCGGCGGCGGUGCCCGCGCCGCCCUCGGAGCUGAACACGGAACAGAGCCUGGACUCCCUGUCGACGGGCUCCGAGGGGCUGCCGGAACGGGACGUCCUGUUCAAGGCGUGCACCCACGUCCCUAGCGUGCUGCUGUGGCUGCUGGGCUUCUUCUACCUGAGCUCGCUGCCGCUGGGAAUCUACCUGUUGGUGAUCCAAAGGGUGACCCUGGGCGUGGUGUGUGUGAGCCUGGUACCCUCGAGCCUCACCGUCUGCCUGGUCUACGGCAUCUGCCUUCUAGUGCCUCUGCCGGGGCGCGAGUGACCUCCAGGGGAGGGGUGAAUGAGCGGUACAGGAGCCUGAUGGCGGGGCCACCGGGACCCCCAGGGCGGUGAG